AAAACCACACUAAAAAAAUAAAAAACCCCACUCUUUUCUCUCUAAAAUGGGUUUCUUUGGCACGGGUUGCCAGCCAAAUCUGGAGUGACCCAUGUCAUUGUUUCUCUACCAUUAGAGGAAAAGACCUUCACAUACCCUCAUUUCAGUUUUCUCUUUAUCUGCUUUUAAUACUCUCUUUCACUGCUUCUUCUAUCAAGGUGUCACUCCUGUUUUUUUUCCCCUCUCUCUCUUUGAAGUUUCUUCUUUCUUUUUAUGCCAUUUUUUUCCCUGUUAAAUCUGGCAAGACCUGGCUGGGAAGAUAGAGUGUUGGUGGUCUUAAACGAGGUGCCCUUAAGACUAUCACUAUAGGGUCUUAUUUUUUCACAAUUCUGCAUCUGGAUGUGGAGCGACAGUGAGCUUGCAGGUUGAUUCUUGUCUUCCCAUCUUUUUUGAUCGCGUCUUCUAUUUUCAUCAUGGAGGGAGAAACAUCUUGGGUAAUUAAUUGUUUCGAGGACUCAACAAGGGGCAUGGGUGAGUUUGAUUCAUUCUCUGAACUUAGCGAUGAAGGCAGUAAAGAAGUUAAUGCUGUUUCAGUUGAUUUAAUCUUGCCCGAUGAUCUGCUAGAACGAAUCCUAGCUUGUCUUCCCGUUGCUAGCAUCUUCAGAGCUGGCUGUGUGUGUAAAAGAUGGCAUGAGAUUGUUAGUUCAAGGAGGUUUUUAUGGAACAUCUCGCUUGUCCUGCCUCAAAAACCUUGGUAUUUUAUGUUCACAAGCUCAGAUGAACCUGUUGGCUAUGCCUUUGAUCCAAUCCUUCGAAAAUGGUAUGGCAUUGAUCUUCCCCACAUCAAGACAUCCAAUUGGUUCAUUGCUUCAUCAUGUGGCUUGGUUUCCUUCAUGGACAAUGACAGCAGAAGCGAGUUGUAUGUCUGCAACCCUAUCACCAAACACAGCAGGAAGCUUCAGGAGUCCCCAGGUUUAAAAUUUCCUGAUUACAGUGCACUUGCCAUUUCUGUGAACCGGAUAUCACAUGGUUAUACUAUCUCAAUUGUGAAGUCUAAGCAAGUCCCUGGGAAUUUUUUCCAAUGGGAUCUCUCUAUCCACAUUUAUGAUUCUGAUACGAGGAUGUGGGUAACUUCUUGCACAGAGGUUUUGACAGGAUGGAGAGGUGGUGAUGAGAGUGUAAUCUGUGGUGGGGUUUUAUAUGUUUUGAUAUAUUCUGCAGGAGGUGGCACCCUGGAAACCCGUCAUGGUCUGAUUACAUACAAUCUAUCCAGCAGAUCUUCUCAUGGCUUGUUGAUAAGCAGUUUUAUCAGAGUACCUUGUCCUCUUACUUGUGGCCGUCUGAUGAAUUUGAAUGAGAAGCUUGUAAUGGUGGGGGGAAUUGGUAAACUAGACCGGCCUGACAUAAUAAAGGGGAUUGGCAUCUGGGUUCUAAAUGGCAAGGACUGGCAAGAGAUUGCCCGAAUGCCCCAUAAGUUUUUCCAAGGAUUUGGGGAGUUGGAUGAUGUUUUUGCAAGUAGUGGUACGGAUAAUCUUAUAUACAUCCAGAGCUAUGGGGCUCCAGCGCUUCUUGUUUUUGACUUUAACCAGAAACAAUGGAAGUGGUCACAAAAGUGCCCAGUGACAAAGAGGUUCCCUCUUCAGCUCUUUACUGGUUUUUGCUUUGAACCUAGGAUUGAGAUGGCACCAUAAUUUGUUAUUGAAUUAAUGAAUUUAGUGUGUUGGUGUUGAAAAAUGUCUGAAUUUCCCCCCCUUUUUUUUUUCUUUUUGCCUGUUUACCCUUCAAUUUCAAUCAUUAUGAAAUCAGUUCCAGAAAAGUUUGCACAUUGUACCUGCAAACAAAUUCUGCUAAUUCAUGAAAAUGCGAAUAUUAUUCUUUGCGCGAGAACACCUUUUGUAUAAA